AUGUGGACCACGAUCGUUGCGGCGAGCUCGAGCACAAAUUACGGGAAGCACAAGCACUUCUGGCUGAAACAGAAAAUAAAUCUGACGAGUGUUCGCAAGGUGAUGGAAAAUCGUUCAUUCCAAGAUGAAGAGCGUGCAAACACGGUGGAGUCGCAGCUCAAGGAGGCACAAAUGCUGGCCGAAGAAGCGGAUCGCAAAUACGAUGAGGUGACACCAAGUGACCAUUUGCUAACUCACCGCGCGAGGUGCCCAUCAACACUCCCCCGUUCUGUUGUUUGCUUUGAUUGCCACUACAGCAGCAUGCGCCUUUUGUUUAUUUAUUUACUCUCCCUCUCUCUGUGUUUACUUAAUUAG